AGUUAAACUAAUUACAUACGUACUUAGCUACUUUAUCUUGUACCAAAAUAUUCACCCUUUCCACUAUAUAUAUAUACCUCAUUUCUCCUCGUGCUCUUACACCAAACAAACAAGUUUCCUAGCUUCGUUCUUUAACUUUCAACUACAAAAUUCUAUCACUCUUAAUACACACAAAAAACUACAAGAAAACUAUACUACAAGAUCAACAACAACUAACACUAACAAUUUGAAAGAUGGGAAGAGCUCCAUGUUGUGACAAGGUUGGACUUAAGAAGGGUCCUUGGACUCCUGAAGAAGAUCAAACCUUGAUCUCUUUCAUUCAACAUCAUGGCCAUAGCAAUUGGCGCGCCCUCCCCAAACAAGCUGGAUUAUUGCGAUGUGGGAAGAGUUGUAGAUUGAGAUGGAUAAAUUAUUUGAGGCCGGAUAUUAAAAGGGGAAAUUUCUCAAGAGAAGAAGAGGAUACCAUUAUUCAACUUCAUGAAAUGCUAGGAAAUAGGUGGUCCGCUAUAGCAGCAAGGCUUCCAGGAAGAACAGAUAAUGAAAUAAAAAAUGUGUGGCACACACACUUGAAGAAGAGGCUCAAAGAAUACCAACCAACAAAAUCACAUGCUAAAAUGGCUAAAAAAUGUCAUGAUGCCAAUAAGAAAAAGGCCCCCGCCACCACCACAACCACCACCACCGACGACUCUUCUAGUGGAUACAGCUUCCCGGAAAGCACAAGUGAUCAUAUCGCAAACUCUGGGUCUCCCCAACAAUCAUCAUUAACAAGUGAUGACAUGUCAUCAUCAGGGACCGAGAUAUCAAGUAUAGAAGUACCGAGUGACACGAGCUUUAUUAUAAACGUACAAACUUUUGACAAUUCUAUUCAACAAUCCGCGAAUUUGGACUAUCUUCCCAUCAUAGACGAGACAUUUUGGGAGCCACAAGACUUGUUACCAUCAUUAGAUGCAUCCGAAUUUGACAGCAUUAUGGAGGAUAAUGAUCAAAUGGUACAAUUUGAGACAUUUUUUAGUGAACAAGAACAAAAAAAUAAUAGUAUUAAUGUACAAGUAUACGAUAAUAACGCAGGUCUAGUAAAUUACGGUGAUGCGGAAGAUAAUAUGGAUUUUUGGUUAGAUGUAUUUGUCCAAGCAGGUGGGGCCCCAGAAUUGCCAGAAUUUUAAGCAACUUUUUUGGUGCAUAAUCACAUGCAAAUGAGGGCGGCGUGAAAAGGAUGGAUAAUGGAAAUUAUUUUACCCCACUAAUUAAGAAAUUAUUAUACUGUUGAUUUUUUUUUUUGGUUGGUUAUUUUAUUUUUCUUUUAAAAAUAACCAUUAGGUUUUUUUUUUUUUUUUGUUUUUUGUUUUUUUGUUUUUUGUAUAGUAGUUUAGAUUUCCUUUAGGGUUACAAAAGUCAAAAGUGUACGCUUGUUUUUUGACUGUUAGAUAAAGAGGUUUGAGAGAUUUAUAAAGAAUUAUUUCGGACCAAAAAUCUAUUCAAUGCAAGCAUACUUUCUUACUCUAUGUACAAUUGUGAAAUUAGAGGAUUUAGCAUAAAUAAUUAAGUUAGACUAUAUAACUUUGGGUGUAUUAUUCUGUAUUUUUCAUGAAUAUGUGGUUUUUUUAU